AUGGGUUGCUCACACUCGUCCGGACUCCCAGAGGCCCCUACGAAGCACACCUUUGGUGGUGUCGAGCGCGAGAAUGUCGCAAAGAGUGCAUUGCAAGUCCGAGACAAGGUUCUGGUGGAAUGUGAGGAGCCUUCGUCGAUGGCAGACUUUGAUUCUUGGAGGCACGUCAUGGACGAAGACGACGUGAAGGCGCUCGACAGUGGAAAGAAUAUGCCGAUCAAUCGCACGGCACAUCAGCAUUAUGCGACCCAGACUCGGCGUGCCUUGCAAGAGUUGACGAGUGACCCGGAAGUGCUGAAACGCUUGGUGAAGAAGCACCGGAUGGAAAACGACCGCAUCUCGACGUGUGUCAGCCACGGGACGACGAGUCCGUCACCGGCAGAAGCCGUGGAUGCGCCUCCGUCAAGCCCUGUGUCACGGAAGCCUACGAUCGUCUCCUUGGGUUGA